CAGAGAGCGGCCAAAUAUAAGCGUACCCGGAGUUUCCCGGGUCCAGAUUCUAGCCGUUGCGUGGGAGCCCCAAGUCUUCGUGGGUUUUUGCAGCGAACAGGAAUCAGGGGAGGUGUCAGGGUAGUCCGACGCAGAGCGGAUAGGUGGAAGCCCAUAGGAGAGCGGCCACUUUCCGGGCGCGGUCUUAGUCGACCGCGCUGGUGUCGCCGGCCGCGCUCGCUGGCUGCGCAUGCGCCAGGCGGGAGCCACGGACCGGGUGGUGCGGAUCGUCUCGAUGUGCCUGUCGGCUGCAGCCGGGGAUUUCCGGCCGCCUUUGUACAGCGCGGUGUUCGGCGUGGAACGCAGGGGAUAACUGCGAGGACUGAGCGGGACCACCGGCCGUGUACGGAGCACCCGGCAUGGGCCAGGCGCGAGGUGUGACCAGCAUUAGAGAAGAUGCCAGCCACAGAUGCCACAUAUGAAAGAGUAGUUUACAAAAAUCCCUCUGAGUACCACUACAUGAAAGUUUGCCUAGAAUUUCAAGAUCAUGGAGUUGGACUAAAUGCUGCACAGUUCAAACAGCUGCUUAUUUCAGCCCUGAAGGACCUGUUUGGGGAGGUUGGUGCUGCUUUACCCUUGGAUGUCCUAACCUAUGAAGAGAAGACCUUGUCAGCCAUCUUGAGAAUAUGUAGCAGUGGUCUUGUCAAAUUGUGGAGCUCUUUGACCCUGUUAGGAUCUUAUAAGGGCAAAAAAUGUGCUUUCAGAGUGAUCCAGGUUUCUCCAUUUCUCCUUGCAUUAUCUGGUAAUAGUAGGGAACUAGUAUUGUAUUGAAUAGCCCUCAGUUUCAGAGACAUUCCUCUGCUGAAAUAUUUUUUGGUGCCUGCAUAAUGUUUGAAGACUGAAGCAGGUUAAAAGCCCCUGUUGAUGAAAU